UUGCAAUGAACGUUCCUAUUGAUUGCAGUUUGCAUUUAACAGUCCUUGAUACAAUAAAUACAUCAUUCAAAGUUUAAAUAUGUUUAGCAAAUCUUUAUUUUCAUAUUUCUUUAUAAUACUUCUUGUUGUUGGUUGUUUUGAUUUUGGAACUUGUGCUGUUAUUUCUACAUGCAGUGUCUGGCCAGGAUAUAGUUGUUGGCCGGGAUACUAUGGAGGAUACGGUUACGGUGGAUAUGGUGGAUUAUACAGUGGAUUAUACAGUGGAUUAUACAGUGGAUUAUACAGUGGAUUAUACAGCGGAUUAUACAGUGGAUAUGGCGGUGGGUCAUACGUAUAUGGAAACAAUUGCUACGGUAGCAAUUGUGUAACAACAUGUAUUACUCCAUGUCAGACACCUUGCAUUUUUACAACAUCUUGCUGUUGCUAAAAUGAUAUUGCUUUAACGCAUACCUACAAAAUAAAUAUUUUAUUGAUUUACUGGGAACAAGUUUGUUUGAUUU